UCGCGUCUUCUUCGCACGGCUCCACGUUCUCCGUGCGCGCAAUUCUCGGGGUCGCAUCCCCCGCGUAAACCCGCGCCAACCAAUGGAUUAAAACAAACCAUCAUCCUUACAUACAACUUAAACAAGUGCAAAUUUUUCACACCCACACACAACUGUAAAGUUCCGGUAUAGUGUUCUAGUUCCGGUUACAGAAAAUCAAACAAACAAAAAAAAACAGAAAAAAAGUUGGAACUUUGUUUUUGCAAGCCAGUAAACUUUUAUCAAGUGCGUGCGCCGAGUGAUGCGUGCCGCAAGGAAGUCAUCGCGAGGGACAAAACCGAAACGGUGACCGACUUUUUUUGCGCUCCAAAAAAGAAACCACCAUCUCGCGAGUGCAAAGCUCGAGAACUAAGUGUGCACAAAACCCACAUACAAAUUGGAUUUAUUUUCGAAGUUUUUUUUUUACCUUAUUUCCAAGGAUCCCGCAACAGGACACGCACGUAGCAGUGGGCAUACAAGACGAUGACGCCGGCGAGGAUGUAACGAAGGCCGCCGACGCACCACGACGCCCUCCAGCAAGCAGCCUCGCAUCCCCGCGCCCCAAUCGGCCCAUUCACAGGUGUGCCGCGGCUGGCGCACCGGUUGAUGGAAACGAUGAAGUACCCGAACGUCUCCGGCGGCAGCCAAAUGGCGGUGAGCGGCCCGAACGGCGCGCACGGCGUCGACGAGGUGGACUCGCUGUUCGCGUCGGCGUGCUGGCAGAACGCCGCCGCCGACUAUAUGGACCACAAGAUCAUUCUCGACGGCACCAUCGGCGCGGCGUUGCAGGACGCCGACGGUGAAAUCGCCGCCACCAAGGCAACAAUGGACGCGCUGGACAAUCUAUUGUUAUCCCAACAGCCUCUGAACACCAGCCUCGCCGAGUUGAAACCGCUGCCGCCUUUUGCCGGCUACACCGCCAAUCUUAGCAUCAACGGCAUCCAAGGCCAUCAUUAUCAUGCAAUCGCACAUCGCCAGCCCGAGGAGAACAACAACACAUACAGUAACUACCAGGAACAGAACAUUGUUUCCAGUUCAACGUGCAAUGCAAGUGCAGAUUCAGCAACAGACGUUUCUAACGCUAACAAAUCUUUAUAUUCUGUUGAUGAGGUGGUGAAGUUAGGAUACGCCGAUUGUGGUGUUAAUCCUGAUGCGGUCGUGUCCAGCGCAAAGAUGUACGACGAUUGUGGGCAUCACAACAGUGCUGAUUCAGCCGCGACCAUCAAAAGCGAAAUAGCAGAAUAUGACAUUUCAUCAAUUGAAGACAUCGCCGCCAUUAUUGGUUCGGCAAUAGCGGAUACAACAGUCCCCAACACACAACCUGAAGAAGACCAAGCGGGUUCCAGAGAUAGUUGGAUGGAUCUGGAUGCGUGGAUAGAUGGCGCCUGUGUAGACCAACAAAAAAGUCUCAUCAUAACCCAAGAUGGUCUUUCCGAGUUUGUGAUACCCAGCGGUAAUGAUUUCAAGUCACCGGAAUACACCAAACUCCCUCCGCAACAACAACCCCAACAUCAACAACAGCCCACGAGUGGGUCCACACUACAAAGUCUCCUCACGCAUGGCUAUAUGCCAUUGCUACAGAGUCGUUUACAAAAUGGUCCACCGCCUAGCAUAAAACAAGAGGUGCCCAGCUCAAGCAGUUAUGGCAAUGAGUUGAUAUCCACAUCUAGUCCACCGUCAAAUGUCGUCUCCACCACGGAUAAUCUCAUGCUCACCGUCAACGGGCGUUUUUUGCCCCAGUACGGCGUGCAUGGUGGCGGGGGUGGCAUUGACGACCGGAUACGCAGUCCUGAUAUGCUCGGCCAGAACUACCCGCACACGACCACCACCUCCACACCUUCAGCGACGAAGAAGUCACGCAGUCGCGCGCAGAAGAAACAACCGCCCACGCCACAACAACAACAACAACAACAACAGGCUCAGCAACAGCAGCAACAACAAGCAGCCACAUCGACGGUAUUCGCCAGCGAGCAGAGUCUUGGUCUGCUCGGUAAAGAGAAACCCGUCCAUCGGUGCAACAUCUGUAAUCGCGGCUUCCUCAACAAGAGCAACAUCAAGGUGCAUCUGCGGACGCACACCGGCGAGAAGCCGUUCCGCUGUGAUACGUGCGCGAAGGCCUUCCGCCAGAAGGCGCACUUGCUGAAGCACCAGCAGAUUCACAAACGCAUCGGAAGGGACUGAUCGGCCCUUCUUCGUGCUAUAAGGAAAGGUACCUCAAUUGUGUAUAAUUAGAGUUAUGUAGAAUUCCUAUUUAAAUACUUGUGGACGAUGUGCAAUCAAAUCUUACGUAUCCAGACACAACACCCCCCGCAGCUCUCGCGAACAACGAAUCUAUCUAGCUCGUAAUUCAACCCCGUGUGCAUCAGGGGGUCGCCACGAUGAGUCACUUCUAAUAUUUAUCACUCCUUUCGCAAUUUGUACAUAGCGCACCCAACUUAAUACGUUAAUUGUUUUGUAAAUUUAAACGAUUGGCACGACACUCACACACACACAAAAACAACCUCAGGUUAGUCAAACGAAAGCAAGGCGCAAAGUGCAACAGAGAGAGAGAGUUUCUUUUUGAUGUGAUAAACAUGCUUAAUAUUUAAGUGUAAAAAUCUGUACAAUUCUAACCCUCAACGACCGUCCAGUCUUUUUUUAACAGCCGCGAACACUACCUACUCACACACCGUGUACAAACUAAACGUUUACAAUUGCCACGUACUCAUACGAGAUGGCGUCGCGCCUCGCCGAUUGAAAUUCAUUAAUGCAAAUUUGAUCUCAAAUCAAUCAAUCGCGUGACGACGGCCACAAACGUAAGGAAGAUGAAGAGAACAGGCCCGUACUAUGCGCCUCAACGUAUUGUUUUUUAUUGCCAAGCUUCUCUCUGUCCCCCCCACACAAUAUAUAUUUUAUUUACGCGUUCUGUACAUAACCUCUUCUCGCCCGGUCCUUCGUCCCUCAGAAAUUUCUAUUCGGAAAAAGCGAGCGUGUUUAAAUGAUGUAUAAAUAAAUCGUGUGAUACCAUUGUAGAUAGUAGCGUGAACCUAUUUCGUUUGUAAGAUAUUUACGGUUUCUUCUCUGCAAAAUUCUCCUGCACGAAACACGACAGACUCUACUCUACUCUUUGUUUUUAAUCAAAUGUUAUUUAUUGAUGAAACGACGAACGACGAUUUUUUGUAAAUAGCAACUUACUUUUAGGUAAUUUAUUCUUAUAAACGUAAACGUUAAGCGCAAAUAAAAAAUGUAUGAAUAUAUUCUAUAUGAAGAGAAAUGGCAUAAUGCUGAUGGCAAAAGAGACACGCGUAUUGUUAGUUAUUUUUUGUAACAAAUCUCUUUUCGUAGAUAGGAUUUCUAAGCUUAUUUUUGCAUAUAUUAGUUAAAUGUAUUACGAUUGUUAUAAUUUUAUUUGUUGAUUAUUAAUUAAUGAUGUCAAUCGAUGUUGUAUUAUAAACACCAUUAUUUUUAAUACGAAA